AACUAUGCGAGAAAGAAUUUUAAUUGAAGUAGCUGAGAGAAUUUUUUCCUUAAAAUUAGAAUUUUUCGACAUUUCGUUGAAACAACUGUUCUCUAAGUAAUCAAUUUUUAAAUAAUCUUUGAUUCAUCCGGAUUAAAUACCCUUCGAUAUCUAGUUAAGACUAACAUCAAAAUCCCAGUGUUAUGGUAAAUUUCCAAUUAAAUCCCACCCACGACGAUUGUUUUCGUUCGCUCGCACGAAGUUCGUCACCAUCGCAGGUGCGCAUACGAAGGGAUGGCGUUGCUCAGCCACCCCACCAUGCACCAUCGUAGAGCUUGUCGCUGUAUAUAAAAGCCGUGGUCGCGACUCUCCAGCUUUGAGUUCAGUCGCCGAUCCUUUCGAUCGAAAUCGACCUUUUUUUCGUGAGCAGCAAGGAUCCCUAAAAAUUUGGUGAACGCGUGCAGAACACAUUCAUAAUCUGAAGCGGUGUUUCGCUUGUCUCUGAAAGGGUGAACGGAAGUGAUAUACGUACAUCUUUCGUACAUUUUUCGAGUGUAUAGAAAAAAAGAAAAUAAAAUUCUCAAAAGGAGAAAAUCGCCAACGAAGUAAACUUCAUAAUCAAAUAAACUGACUUCCAGGCGGCAAAUAACCUUAGGGUACGUUUCUGGAACGUAUCUAUUCGUUCGUUUAUAUAGCGAAGUAUCGACUGAAAAUAUCACAUGGCGUUGACUUUGAAAAAACCUUGCGCUUUGACAAUCCUCGUGAAGACUUGUAUCGUCAUGUUAAUCUUCUACUUCGCCGGAUGUGCAACUGGGUCCUGUACAAACUAUGGACAUUCUUGUUGGGGAGCGCACGGGAAACGCAACAUCCAAGGUGCAUCCACCAUUUUAGAUUCCGCAGCUGAGACUCCGCUAAACGGAUCUCCGCAAAAUAGCAUCGCACCUACCUCCAAGAUGCAGUGGAUUCUAUCUCGUUUGAUAGAAUCUCAUGGACAGCCCACAUUGACAGAUAAAUAUCGCGAUAGAUGGAACGGCUUUCCUAAGGAUAAAUCAUACAUCCCACCAAAGUGGGACCACGAUACAGCAUCGAUGACUGACGAAAGCAUUGAGUCCAUCAGAAUUCCAAUUAACAACGAAAGGAAAAUUAACAAUGCUCAAGGUCCAAUGUGUAAUAUGAACAAAAGAUUUGAAAACAAUCCGGAAAUUUUAUUAAUUUCGCCUGACGAAUAUAAUAAGCCAAUUAACGAUCCUCAAAAAUUAAAUAUACUUAACUUUCUGAACGAAGGAAAUGAAGGUACGAAAUAAACGGAAUAUAAAAGACUGCAAGAUAUUGCGAUGAAAAGGAGUUUUCAAGGAACAGGUCUUACCAUUGAAGUGAUAAUCUAGCAAUUCUCUGUAAAAAACAUGUUUUCGUAUUAAAUUCCGAUUUGAUUUGGUGUGUUCUUUAUCUGGAUAAUAUAAAUCCUCACUUAGGAAACGAUAUCAUCUCUAGUGAAAUUUCAAUAAUAUGAUUUUCAAUAAUAUAGCGAUUCUGUUAUAAUCACGCGAUUGCUUAAAGUAUUCAACUAUAACAAUUUCGCUGAUCAUCACAGAAUUCUGUUUCAACUAGCGAGAUUGUGUAUGUAUAUCUAUUACUAUAGAAUGAUUAUAUCUGUGUGAAACUGGAAGCUUUCUAACCUCCCUCUUAUUCUGUAAACUUAUUAAAUAAAUCUAAAACCUUGAUUUUAUAUUAAUUACA